AUGUCACAUACACCAACACAAACACCCAACAGAACGGGCCGAACCAACAAGAAGUUGCCUAUGAUUGUGGAUAUUGCGUUAGAUGAUGAUGGACAGCAACUCUACCAGGUACACGAGUCGUCAAGACAUGUACGGAAAGAGAUGCCCAUUUCGACCAAUUUUUCCUGCAAUGAGACAGAGAAGACUCCGAUACGCAAGAUACUCGGAAUCGUGUCGCCCAGUACGCUCAACCAGAAGAAAGUGAAGGAUGAGGACGAGGAGAACGAGUUGGGAAGCUUCGCACAGCCGGAAUCUGCCACCAAAAGAACAGGCGACUUGAAUAUAUUCACUGGUAAUGUCGAAGAUAACUAUGAGUUUCAAAAUGAGACAGACAGAGCUUCCAGCACAGAUAUUUGGUCGGACGAUGUCGAAAUGGCGUUUGAGGAAAUUUUGGCCAUUAUUCCCAAAAAGAGCUCCAACAAGAUUAAAAUCAGUGGUCGGUCCUGUGGUAGAAAUGAAUUAGUUUCGGAUUAUAUUUUGAAUAAAACUGGCAAAUUUAGAAGUAGAAAACAAGUCUCCAGUCACAUACAAGUGAUUAAAAACUUGGCCCAAAAGCCCGAUAUUAUUAAAUUGAUAAACGAGGGCCCAAGCUUUGAGACUGAGCAGGAGAAGGAACGAAACGAGAAGAGAUUCGAAGAGAUCUUUUCCAAGAUCAACUUGGAUAAGUCGUUAGGCAUAACUGACGUGAAGAAGCGUAAAGAGUCAACCAGUUCUUCUACCAUACCCACUAAAAAACCGAGAACGAAUCAGAUUAUUAAAGUAGAAAACUUCUAUAUGCUUAUUAACGAUGUUGUCGGUGGGAACCCAAUCGUCUUAACGUUUCAAAAUUCCAAUGAUUUGAAAAGCUUGAAGAUAAGGGAAAACGCUAAAAUAUCGAAUAGAUUUCCAGGUUUAAACGAAUUCCAAAACACCGAUAUUCCCAUUCUUCAUAAUAUGGUUAAAAUACACUUGCCCCAUUUACCCAAAAAUUAUACGAUCGACGGCCUUCAAACCAAUUACUUCCUUCUGGAUUCCUAUCAAUCGGAUUAUUCAAUCUUCACUUGUAUAUAUUCGUUUGGUAAUGAGGUGUUGAAGUUCAACGAUAUAAACGUCAAGGCUAACGAAAACCAACCAUUUUUGCCCAAAUUUUGGAAGUUUUUUAUUUCCAAGUUGAUCAACAACCCCAACCCAAUGGAAGUUAAUAUGGCAUUCAAGGGAAUAACCAUUAAGCAGAUCAUUUACGAAUCUAGUGGUGAUUCAAACUUGGUUUUAAAACUGAAAAUUAAAUCGGUAUCGUUAUGGGAAUUCGCCAAAGUGGAUCAUUUCAAAGAUGCCACCACUUCGGUAACUAAAUUGAUAUUACCCACGCAAACAAUUGCUGAUAUUCAACCGCUGGCCGUUGAUUAUCAUCCGGUAUCAUUGGACAGCACUACCACUACAUCUACGGCUACAAUGCCUCCAACUGUAUCAAGCAUAUUGGACGACCAUGAUUUUGAGACAAAACCACAACUUUCGGUCCAACAGAAGUUUGAAACCUUGCAGCACCAUCAAGAUCAACAAAGUCAACCCUUUCAAAAUAUGCUUCAUCCUUCGGUAAACACGAAUCUCAUGACGGUAUCGAAGGAUAGCCAGUCAAAUCAAUUCGGAGGAGCUCUUUUCUCCGAAAAUGAAUUUAUGAACAUUAAUUUGGAUGAAUCCCAAUUUAACUAA